UGUGGCUGCCGUAACGAUGAGGUUCCCUGUCCCGGCUCUAGUGCUGCUCCUGUGCGGCCUGCCCCAUGUCCUGGGCACGUCCUGCAAACUUCUCCGUCCCACCAACACGGACGGGGCGGAGAUGGGCCUGAUCAUCGUGCCGGGAGCCUACAUCAAGGGCACGGCGUACCAGCCGCUAGCGCAGACCAUCCAGGACCUCUCCCCGCACAAACUGUGGGUGGGCCUGACGGACGGGUACGUGACAGAUCUGCCCAACCCGCUGGAGCUGUCCUCCGCCAUCCAGGCGUGUAAACAGGCCAUCGUGCAGGACGGCAUGAAGACUGACGUUUUCUUCAUAGGCGCACAUUCUCUUGGAGGUACGUUCCUGCAGAUGUACCUGUCUGACAACCCACGCCAGGCGAAGGGCAUGUUACUGUGGGGGUCGUACCUGACCAGCUCCUACCCCAUGUCGACCUUCCCCGUCCCCGUACUCACACUCAACGGCGAUCUGGACGGUCUGGUCAGACUGGGGUACUCCUGGAAGAAGUACAGGGAGUUUGUAGCCAUGGACGGCAACUUUUCCACUGCAUAUGUGUACCAGAAACCGGUGGUCGUUGUACCUGGACUAAACCACGGACACAUCGCGUCAGGACCCAUGCCUUCAAACGUGCUGAACAUGGACCUUCCUGCCGAGAUGACCAUGGAACAGGCGCACAGGCUGAUAGCCAACUCUUCCGUCAACUUCAUGGUCGCCAACAGUCCCAACAACACCGCAGCCAUGCAGGCAGCGGCGGUCAAACACCUGCGGACUCAGAUGAACGUCACGGGUAGGAUUCUGGCCCCCUUCGACAUCAUCUCCGCUCUCGACUAUGACGGUAAGACCUCGCCCUGGGUCACCACAGCCCAGCAGAGCAUCAUCGGAGCUCCGGCCGCGUUACAGAGCAAGCUCACGGUCAAGACCAAAGUCGUCGACAACAUCUUAGAGCUAGGUGACAACAAACCCAAAGUAGAGAAGGAGGGAGACAUGGUGACUGUACAGACCUACACUAAGCUGGACUAUCCGCUGAACCCCAUCGACAACUCGGAGCCGUACGUGUCUACGAACAUGCUGUCCACGAAGAUGAAGAGGCAGUCAGCGGUUGUGCAGGAGCUGGGUCCGGGGGACUAUAACAGUCCCAUCACCUGUAAGGACUUGAACCAGAUGGCUUUCCAGAUUGCUUCCACCGCAGCUUCCAGCACCGCCAUGACCAGGUACCAGCAGAAGGGUCACCACCUGACGUUCGCGGAUGACGAGAUGAAGAGUACGGGGUCAGGCUGGCUGUCAGGGGCGCUCACGUUUGAGGACCAGGGGGAUGGGACAGUUAAGGUGACGAGCCCGGCCCUGGUGACGGGUCUGGACGCGUGGUUCGGGUUUGACGGGAUGCACUACUAUUCCCUACAGGUGACGAGCCCGGCCCUGGUGACGGGUCUGGACGCGUGGUUCGGGUUUGACGGGAUGCACUACUGUAAACUGCUGUCUCCGUUCCGCGCGCUGGAGUACAUCUACACAGACAGUCUGCGUCAUGUGUCAUCAUAGACAUAGAUAACGGUUCCCUUACAUCCAAACCUAAAUAUUUAUACUGUAAUUACUUAAAGACAGACUUAAAGACAGAAUAAUACUUUAAUAAAGAUAACUUAGAGUAGAGAACUUUAUUGACACAACAAAAAGUACAGCGACUGUCAAUAGCAGAGAAGAACUGAUCAGACAUUUUCAAAAUACACAUUGACUGUUAGGCUGUAACAUUGCAUCAGAGAUGGUUUAGUCCAUAGAAUUCUUAAUUCGAAUCAUGCAAGGUACAGUAAAUGUUACUGCAGCAGCAUAUAGUGUUGAAUUGAAACAAAAGCCUCUAAAGUACAAUGUAUGCCACUCGUUUUUGUCUAUUAUGAUAAUAAAGGCUUUGCCUUUUCAAUGAUACAUAGCAGGACAAA